AAAGGAGUUAAAUUGUUUCUUUCUUCUUUCAUAUUUGUGUUUUAAUGAUCACCAAUUAGUACGCAGCAAAGUUAACCAAUAAUGGCAUAUAAUCUAUCAAGUGGAUCUCUUGAGAUUAUCAUGAAUGGAGGAGUUUAUGAGAAACCGGUCAUGCAAGUACUCGGGAGUAAAAAGAUUCAAGGCAGUGGUGCUAAUGAGAGAUUCAGACUUUUAGUGUCUGAUGGUAAACAUUCACAUAGCUUUGCGAUGCUGGCCACGCAAUUAAAUGAUAAACUUAUUACUGGAGAGCUCUCAGACUUCUCAGUUGUACAAAUUGACCGAUUUGUUACAUCUGUGUUGAAGAGUACUGGUAAAGGAGAAAAACGAGUGAUGAUUAUUUUGGACAUAACGAUCUUAGCACCGGGCACGGAAGUUGGUAAAAAACUUGGGAACCCUCAGUCUUGGACUGAAGAAUCAGCAUCGGCAGCAUCAGUACCGGCACCAAGUUCUAUUAAUCCUGCACCAAAGGCUAACUUAACUUCUAACACAUUGCCUAAACCUACUGCGACACCAAGCUUAAAUGCGAGCCUUCUUGGUUCUCAAAUGACACAUCCUAUUGCUAGUCUUAGCCCCUACCAAAAUAAAUGGGUAAUUAAAGCGCGUGUUAUGAACAAAUCUGCGAUACGCACUUGGAGCAAUGCAAAAGGUGAAGGGAAGUUAUUCAGUAUGGAUCUUUGUGAUGAUAGUGGUGAAAUACGAGCUACUGCAUUCAAAAAUGAGUGUGACAAGUUCUAUGAUAUGAUACAGGUAGACAAAGUUUACUACAUUAGUCGUUGUCAACUCAAGACAGCUAAUAAACAGUUCAGCACUUUGAAAAAUGAUUAUGAAAUGACAUUCACGUCAGAUACAGUUGUUGCCGAGUGUAUGGAAGACACAUCGACUCUGCCAUCUAUUAAAUACGAUUUUAUUCCCAUUAGUGAUAUAGCUGACAAAAGCCCUGAAACAAUUGUUGAUACUAUUGGGGUCUGCAAAGGGGCUUCUGAAUUGCAAGAGCUCACAGCAAGGAAUACUGGAAGAUUACUUAAAAAGAGAGAAGUCACACUUGUAGAUCAAUCAGGUGCUGCUAUUACAUUAACACUCUGGGGUAAUGAAGCCGAAACUUUUGAUGCCAGUACAAAUCCAAUUAUUGCUGUAAAGGGCGCGCGGCUGGCGGAAUUCAACGGCAGCAAGUCGCUGUCGUGCCUCGGCAGCACCAUGCUGCGCAGCAACCCCGACGUGCCCGAAGCGCACCGCCUGCGCGGCUGGUUCGACCACGGGGGCGCCGCCGCCGACGUCGUCAACAUCUCCGCCAGAACGGGUGGUGGGCCUGGUGGUAGUAGCGAAUGGAUUACAUUCUCAGAAGCGGAGGAGCGAAAAUUGGGCACUGGUGAAAAGGGCGACUACUACAGUUUAUUGGGUGUGCUAACAUUUACAUUUGCAGACAAUGCCAUAUAUAAAGCUUGUCCACAAGAGCAGUGUAACAAAAAACUUGUGGACCAAGAGAAUGGUCUCUUCCGAUGCGAGAAAUGCAACCGAGAAUAUCCUAAUUACAAAUACAGGCUGCUUUUAGGCGCAAAUGUCUCAGAUCCUACAGGUGAUCAAAGAAUUACAGCUUUCAAUGAAACCGCUGAAGCCAUGCUAGGAAAAUCUGCAGAGGAAAUAGGUCGCAUGUCAGAAUACGAUAAGAAUGCAUAUACACAAUUGUUUGAUGAAGUCAAGUUUAAAACUUUCGUAUUUAGGUUUAGAACCAAAAUGGAAACAUACAGUGAUGAAGCGCGGUUGAAAACAAUUGUAAUGAACGUACAGCCAGUUGACUACAAAGACGCAAAUGCACGGCUUAUCAAAAGUAUAAAAGCUUUGAGUGGUAUUGAAAUUUAAAAUUAUAAUAAAACAAUUGUUUUUUUUUUUUAGUUACACUGCGGUCUAAAAGACCAAUCAUCAUGAAAACAAUAUUCUUAGUCUUAUAGU